UGCAAAAUCAGCUGCCGGUUUGUUAUUUAACAUAAGUAAAGGAGCAAAAAACCCAUAAAAACAUGGAAUUUCUGACUAAAGUGUGGGCCAAAGAGGCAACAACGCCUGUUGAACUGGAAGCUGCCAUCGGCACAGCGCAGAAUAAGACAAAUACACAGCCAGAAAAAGCGCCGGCAAAUAAGGAAUCCUCUAAAGAAACAAUUACUACUACUCCAAAGGAUUGGGGUUAUGACUUAUAUCCGGAACGGAGGGGUGAAACCUUCAAGCCCAAGUGGACGAAGGUAUUGUUUGGGAUGGAAGGCCAAGAGAACAUUGAUCGCUUCAAGUGCGAAGAAAAUGUCUAUUGGUGUGUUAAAAACGGCCCGCUAGUAAAAUUAAUGAUGGGAGCCCUGAAAAGUUCCGGUUGUCCCAUUGAUCUGCGCCGACACAUCUCCUGUGAGGUUUGUGAUCCCUCCGUCACCGGUGGUUACGAUCCCAAGCUCAACCAGAUCGUUGUCUGCCAAAAUAUGGCCAAAAAUAAGAGCAUGGUCCAUGGAGUGCUUACCCACGAAAUGAUUCACAUGUUCGAUUAUUGCAAUAACGAUAUGGACUUCCGGAACGUUGACCACCUGGCCUGCACGGAAAUCAGAGCGGCAAAUCUGGCUCAUUGCUCCUUUUUGAGUGCCAUGUUCCAAGGAGAUGCGUCGCCGUUUAAUGUUAAAGAAGCACAUCAGAACUGCGUCAAAUCCAAAGCGCUGGCCUCAGUGCUAGCUGUACGUAAUAUAAGCAAAGCAGAUGCCAUUGCAGCGGUGGAAAGAGUUUUCCCCAAAUGCUAUGCUGAUUUGGAGCCCAUUGGUCGGAGAAUCCGACGCAAUUCCACAGAUCAGCAGAAAGCCUACAUGGAGGCACCCAUGUACGGCUAUGAUGUUUAUUAAAUUGUUAUAAAUGAUUUUGUUUUUUAGGUACUUUUACAAAAAAGUUAAAUAAAACUAUGUUUUAAGCUCUGCA